UCCUCCCUACACAUAGGCUCACGCGCCUGCUCUCUCCUCUCUUUCUCUCUCAGAAUGGCACCUCUAGGUAUUGCCUUGGGUAUGGUUUUCUAUUUACUUCAAGCCGUUUCUGGAGAAAGUGGCUAUGCAGAGAAUGGAGACUUUGACGAUGCAGAAAUGGAUGACUACUCAUUCUCGUGCUACAGUCAGCUGGAAGUGGAUGGAUCCCAGCACUUGCUGACCUGCGCAUUUGACGACCCGGACGUCAACAGCACCAAUAUGGAAUUUGAAAUAUGUGGGGCCCUUUUGGAGGUAGAGUGCCUGAGUUUUAAUAAACUGCAAGGGAUGUAUCUCAUCAAGACUAAGAAAUUCUUACUGAUUGGAGACAGUAAAAUAUGUGUGAAGCUUGGAAGAAAAAGCGUGACUUGCAAAAAAAUGAACAUAGUCAAAAUAGUUAAACCUGAGGCUCCUUUUGACAUAAGAGUCGUCUAUCGCAAGGGAGCAAAUGACUUUGUGGUGACAUUUAAUACGUCGCACUUACAAAAGAAGUAUGUGAAAGAAUUAAUGCAUGAGGUAGCCUACCGUCAGGAAAAAAAUGAAAAUGAUUGGAUGCACAUGAAUUUAUCCAGUACAAAGCUGAUGCUCCUACAGAGAAAGCUACAACCCAAUGCAAUGUAUGAGAUUAAAGUUCGGUCCAUCCCUAACACCAACUAUUUUGAAGGCUUCUGGAGUGAAUGGAGUCCAAGUUUCCACUUCAGAACUCCAGAGACCAAUGGCCCAGGGGAGAUGGAUCCUGUUUUACUAAUUAUCAGCAUUCUGAGUUUCUUCUCUGUGGCUCUGAUGGUCGUUCUGGCCUGUGUGUUGUGGGAAAAAAGAAUUAAGCCUAUCAUAUGGCCCAGUAUCCCUGAUCAUAAGAAGACUCUGGAACAACUGUGCAAGAAACCAAAAAAAAAUUUGAAUGUGAGUUUCAAUCCUGAAAGUUUCCUGGACUGCCAGAUUCAUAACGUGGAUGGCAUUCAAGCUAGAGAUGAAGCAGAAGGCUUUCUGCAAGAUCCUCUUCCUCCACAGCUAGAGGAGUCUGAGAAGCAGAGGCUCCGAGAGGGUAUGCAGGGCCCCAACCGGCCCUCUGAGCAUGCAGGCAUCAGCCCAAAAACUUUCAGAGGAGAGUCGUCAUUCAGAUGCCUGGCUGGGAACAUCAGUGUGUGUGACGCCCCUGGGCUCCCCUUCUCCAGGUCCCCAGACUGCAAGGAAGGUGGAAAGAACGGGCCUCUCCUGUACCAAGACCUGCUGCUUGGCCCUGGAACUACAAACAGCACCCUGCCCCCUCUGUUUCCGUUCCAACCCGGAACUCUGACAUUGAACCCUGCUGCCCAGGGGCAGUCCAUCCUCACUUCCUUGGGAUCAAGUCAAGAAGAAGCCUAUGUCACCAUGUCCAGCUUCUACCAAAACCAGUGAAUUGUAAGAAACCGACGACCAGAACCAUCAUGAUGAACAAAGAUAACUGAGUCCCACUCUCCCUCACAGCACAAAGAAGACAAAAUGAAAGCAGCGCCUCGACAUGGUCCACAGGUUUCUGAAACAGCGCUUCAACCACACCUCCCUGCUUCAGUGGCAAGAGACAGGAGACAGGGGCAUUCUGCUUCAGGCAAUGCAAUGAUUCAUUUAUUUCAGAAAGGAAAAAAAGCAGAAAAG